AUGAUCAGGUUCAUUCUUGUACAGGUAUGCAUGCUUUUGCAAAGCGUUUCUUGCGCUCAUCACAUCCAGAAUCGUCAAGGAAAGACUCGUUUGUCGAAGUGGUAUGUCCCAUAUGACGACGACGAAAAGGUUAGAUUACGCGGCGACGUCCACAGGCUCGUGGCACCUCGAGACCAGAAGUACCAAUCGAACUUCGUAGAGUUCCGGAAUUACAAGAUUGUCUAUCGCCGUUAUGCCGGACUAUUCUUCUGUGUCUGUGUAGACGCCAAUGAUAAUGAGCUCGCGUAUCUGGAGGCAAUACACCUCUUUGUCGAAGUUCUUGAUUCGUUUUUUGAUAAUGUGUGCGAACUCGACCUCGUGUUCAAUUUCUACAAGGUGUACGCCAUCCUUGACGAGAUAUUCCUAGCUGGAGAGAUCGAAGAGACUAGCAAAGACGUCGUGCUGUCGAGGCUGGAGGAGUUGGAAAAACUAGAAUAG